CAAUGAGUCAAUAAAGCAACACAUGUGUCGGUCCUUCGCCUGCCCUGUUUACAACCUCCCGGGUGGGGGCUGAUUGACAACGGUCUCAGCCAAUGAAAAGCUCGAGCUCGUGUUGAACGCAUUCUUUUGGCUGAAGGAGAUGUCAAUCCAAACGCAGCGGCGCCAUUGAGUUUCAUUCUGCUGCCGCUGCGCCAUCAUCAUCAUCAUCAUCGCCAGCCGGCCGCUCGCAGCAGUGAAUGAUAUCCGCUGUUUACUCGCCGUUCACUGAUCGCCUGCUAUUCUUUACACCAUCACGGAUAUCUGUGUGAUUGGCUUGUGUACCAUGGAAGACAUCAAUACAGGACUUUAGGCUGUUAUCUGGGAUUCUCUUCUGAACACAAAGCAAUGUGGAGGAAAUAAGGCCCGUUCUGUGCUUUGAAUACAGAUCGUAGAGGAUGGGCUGUGCACAAUGUAAGGACAAAGAGGCUGCUAAGUUAACGGAGGACCGGGACACCAGCUUGUCUCAGAGCGGAGUAGGUUAUCAGUAUGGUGUCGACCCCACACCACAGCCGUACCCCGGCUUCGUCCCCGGGGUCACCGCUAUUCCUGACUACAACUUCCAUAGCGCUGGGGUCACUCAGGGCAUGACAGUUUUUGGAGGGGUCUGCUCAUCCACACAGCAGGGGACGCUCCGCACACGAGGAGGCACAGGUGUGACUCUGUUUGUUGCUCUCUAUGACUAUGAGGCCCGUACAGAAGAUGAUCUCAGUUUCAGGAAAGGCGAGAAAUUUCAAAUCAUCAACAGCACUGAAGGUGACUGGUGGGACGCACGUUCUCUCACUACAGGAGGAACCGGAUACAUUCCCAGCAAUUAUGUUGCCCCUGUGGACUCAAUCCAGGCUGAGGACUGGUAUUUUGGAAAGUUGGGCCGAAAGGAUGCAGAAAGGCAGCUUCUUUCCACAGGGAACCCACGUGGCACCUACCUGAUCCGUGAGAGCGAAACCACUAAAGGUGCCUUCUCUUUGUCUAUCCGGGACUGGGACGAUGUGAAGGGAGACCAUGUGAAACAUUACAAAAUCCGUAAACUGGACAGUGGAGGAUAUUACAUCACCACUAGAGCUCAGUUUGAGACGCUUCAACAGCUGGUCCAGCAUUACAUGGAGCGCGCAGCGGGGCUUUGCUGUCGUUUGGUCGUCCCUUGCCACAAAGGGAUGCCAAGGCUCACUGACCUGUCCGUCAAAACCAAAGACGUGUGGGAGAUUCCACGGGAGUCGCUGCAACUCAUUAAGCGCUUAGGCAACGGCCAGUUUGGGGAGGUUUGGAUGGGCACAUGGAAUGGCAACACUAAAGUGGCUGUGAAGACCCUCAAGCCGGGAACCAUGUCUCCAGAGUCCUUCCUGGAGGAAGCGCAGAUCAUGAAGAAAUUACGCCAUGAUAAACUAGUGCAGCUCUACGCCGUCGUUUCUGAGGAGCCCAUCUACAUCGUCACUGAGUACAUGGGAAAAGGAAGUCUUCUAGAUUUUCUGAAGGGUGAGGAGGGACGGGCACUCAAGCUGCCCAACCUCGUCGACAUGGCUGCCCAGGUGGCUGGAGGUAUGGCCUACAUCGAGCGAAUGAACUACAUUCACAGAGAUUUGCGCUCUGCUAACAUUCUGGUUGGCGAUAGCCUGGCUUGCAAGAUCGCUGACUUUGGCCUGGCCAGACUCAUUGAGGACAAUGAGUACACUGCCCGACAGGGGGCAAAGUUCCCUAUCAAGUGGACGGCUCCUGAAGCGGCUCUGUAUGGGAAGUUCACCAUUAAAUCUGAUGUCUGGUCUUUUGGAAUCCUGCUCACGGAGCUGGUCACUAAAGGCAGAGUUCCAUAUCCAGGGAUGAAUAACAGAGAGGUACUGGAACAAGUGGAGCGAGGCUACCGGAUGCCGAGUCCCCAGGACUGUCCGAGCUCCCUUCACGAGCUGAUGGUUCAGUGCUGGAAGAAGGACGCGGAAGAGCGGCCCACCUUCGAGUACCUGCAAGCCUUCCUCGAGGAUUACUUCACCGCAACCGAACCUCAAUAUCAGCCCGGAGACAACCUCUAAACCCAGCCUCCUGGGCUCAUCCUCCCCGGGCCGUCUCAAGUGGCCUGGACUCCCUCCAGACCGGAGGCAUGUACAGCUUCAUGAGUUCACCUAAGCCUUUGUUACUCCCCUGCGGCUCCACACACACACACACACACACACACACACGAGUCGACUGAAGACUGAACUGAUUGCACAGACUUUCAACUUGAGGGGUGUACACACGAGCGAGCUGGGGAGGCGAACAGGAGGAAUUGUGGGUGGAAAGGCUUUUGUUCUGAGUCGUGGCCGUACCCAUUAUAAUGAUAUGAAAUGAUGCCUGUAUUCAGUGUAAAUAUGAGAAGCCUGUUUAAGGUCUAGUUUGUUUUCAUUCAGGUUUUUUGUUUCGUAAUCCCCACUCAUUUUUUGUGUUGCUUUGCAAAGAAGCAGUUUUGGACAUCUGUGAAGGGUUUAGGCGUGUGUCCGUGCAUAAAACAAGUGUUGAAUUUGAGAAUGUAUGUGGUUUAUUCAUUUUCUGCUUUGCUGGCGAGGUCAUGUUCCAAAUGGAGGAAUAAAAAUGCAGUCUUUAUUAUUCUAGUGGUUUUAAAAUAUCCACUAGAACCUGCAGAGGAAGUUGGUUUCUCAAAAUUUCUUUAAUUUUUUUUUUUAUUUGUUUUAUAUUACUUAAGAUACUAAAUUGAAUUGACACCCUCUCCAAAUGAUUAGACGUUAACCCAAUGUAGCAAAGAGUUAUUUUACCCAUUUUUGUACUUCUAGCAAAAUGUUAAAGAGAAAAUGCAUCAUUUAGUUUUCCAGCUAUUUCUGAUAGAUGUUUUUUGUUUGCUUGUUUUUUUGGCCUGUUUAACUUCCUUUAAAAUACUGAAUGCAAGUAUGAGGUAAGUUACCAAGAAUGUUUGAAUCCAAUAUUCAAAUCCAACAUCCUGUUUUCUAGGCAUGGAAACAUACUUUACAUGUAUGUGUUUCUGGAUGUACUGUAGCUACUGUAGUACAUUUAAUUCGAGUUACUGCCAGGAAACAUUUGAGAAACUCUUUCUACUAUCAGUUUUCUCUUUCAGAAUCUUUUAGCAAGAUUCUCUUCAAACGUUUGCUCCUCCAUGACAGUAGUUGACAGUAGUUAAUAGAACGUUUAAAGUGAAUCUUGCUAAGUCAGAGGUAAAGUUAGCUAAAUUAUGUAGGCUAUUGUCAGAAAAAAAGUUAAUUUUUCUUUAUUUUAUUUUUUACCUUUUUUGAAGAACAACAGCAUGUCACUGGGGCUGUACCCUCAAAAGAACAGCAUUGUACCUUAUCUACCCGUGUUUUAGUAUCUCAAAGUAUUUACCUUUAAAGUGCCCCUAUUAUGGAUGUUUUGAAAAUGCCCUUUCUUGCAGUGUGUAACACGGCUCUGAGUGAAUGAAAACAUCCUGCACACAAAGCAGCACAGCGCUCACAAACACUGCUUUAUCAGGCAUUAAGGUACUACUACUGUUUAGGUCUAAGUAAUUUUUCCUGCUGAGGAUACGCUCUUGAAUUUGUUUGUGAUAUUUGGACAUGACUGCCAGUCUGAAACAUAUUUUGAGAAAUGUGGUUUGUCAAGUCACUGACUGAGUGAACAAAGCAGAUGUCUUUGGUUUCGGACACAGCCUCAUUCAAUCAGACCUCCAGAGCUGCUCUCUAUUCUCAUGUGAUGUUUAUUAUGUUAGGACUCUUUUCAAAUGUAUUUUUUCCAUGUAUUUUAUUUAAUCUAGCAUAAGUCUAUAUGGAACUGUUUGGAUUCGGAUCAAGGGAACACUCAAAAGUACCAUGUCCCUUGUUGGUUUGUCCAGUGCUCAUCAGGACGUCUUUAAACCCCUCUCCUGCAUUUCACUUGCUUUGACAGGAUUCUAAGUGUCAGUAAGCACCUAAAAUUACCAUUCCCAUUUUUUUAACUUGCCAUUUUGUUAACAUUUCCCAUUUGGAAAUAAAAAAUACAAUAUUUUACACUCUU